AUGAGAGAGCAAGCCAUUCCCUAAACCUUGAUUGGUUUAUGUCGUUGCCAUAGUCAUCUCUCUACAACAUCACAUUGCAAAAAUGUCGACUCCUUGGUAAACAGAUUUUUUUCAGUGAUGGCUAAUAUACUUUCUACACCAUGUGCAUGGAUAUUUUUUAUUGUUUUAAUUAAGGACGCAAAAAGCAAUGUCGUUUUUCAGCCGUCGUAUAUCGUUACACCCGGCCCCAGAGUUUCAGCUUUCUUGCUUGGAAAUAUAUCUGGCAUAUCGCUGACCCUGAGUUCUCUAUCGCCCUUUAAUUCCUCGGGUCGCCUUCCACCCCCAACCUGCUCAGAAGAGCUGACGCACUGGGUUCUCACACAGGAUUUGGUGGACAAGACUACAGUGCGAGUUCAGCUCAGUCUGAACCGCAGUCUUAUCCUGUGUCGUAACAAUGAUACAAACACAGACUGCUGUCCUGAACCCUUGUGUUUGCUGGAGACCCUCCGUGUGUCUGCCUGUCUGGAGAACACACCUCAAGCCUCACUGCUUAUCCAAGCUAAGAUUUAUGCCCAGGUCUAUCCUACUGACCCUGUGUCUGAUAACAAAACAGUUAUCCCCAACCAAGUAUACCGUCCCCUGGGCUCCUGUCCCUGUGACCUCACAUUGGGAGCCUGUGAUGUGCGCUGCUGCUGUGACAAGGACUGUUCCCCUGAAGUUUUGAAGCUGUUUGUGUCCCAGUGUCUCAUGGGCCCUUUUGGAGGGGAAGUCUCUCCAGUUCCUGAUUACCUGUGCCGUGCACAGUCAGUUGAAAAUGCCCCAGAUUGGUUUCCAUUUCUCUGUGUUAUCUCCCCGCCUGACAACAAUCCCUUUCUCGGACUGUUUUAUGAAGGGGACACAAUCACACCAGUGCCAAGGCCGUCUUUCCAAACACCAGUGCUAUCAGCUGCACUGCCCAAAGACAACUACCGUCAGGGGGAUCCUAUAUUCACCACAAGUGAUCAGUAUAUCACCAUACCUCAGAAGUCCCUAGUUGGUCAGUGUGUAGAUCAUGCCCCUGUGGCAUUUUUGAAAAACGUCCAAGCGCAGUGUGUAACCCGUCUCCUGUCCUGCCCCACUGGACCUCCCCUACAGACAACACCAACUGAGCUGAAGGUACAAGUGAGGGAUGGCCAACGAGGUGUAGUCACAGUGGAUGUCACAGAUGAAAUGGCUGUUGACUUGAGCCCCUUUGUCUCAAGUCCACUGGUUGGAGAUGGAGUACCACUGUGUGAAAAUGUGACCCUGGCAUUAGAUUACAAAUUCUUCUGGAAAGGGAAUGGUCUAACAAAUAUUACACUUACCCGAACACUUGGAAAUGUCCCUUCUGUUAAUGUUGCUUUGACAUCCAGGUAUUCAGUUGUGUUUCUGAAUGGAGAUGCUUUGUCACAGCCCAUCUCAGGAAAUCCAGAUUACCAAGUGGGCAGGCUUGUGAUUGGUGGAGUUGAGGACACCUUGGGGAAUAGCACAGUCAUACAUAGGGCCCCAGUCAGUCUUUGGAAGCCAGUAGGCAGCGGACUUUGUGGCUCUGCAGAGAUGAGGCCAGUUUUGUUUGGAGAGAACUCAACUGCAGGAUGUCUGUUACCCGUGAACCUACAGAACCUGACCCAAUGUAGUAUGGUCAGAGAGACUGUUGCAUCUCUUCAGAGGGCACUGAUCCCAGCAACACUCAUAGCCAAGAAUGGAGACCCACAUUUCCUGAGCCUGACUGACUGGUUGAAUAUUACCUUUGUGGAACUAAACUCCAGCCAACCCAUGGGGGGUGGUACUGGCACAUGUUCUGGGAUUCCCUCCCAUAGACACAUCCACAUUAUGAGCUUUGCGACACAGGUGGGGGGGUUGCCUCAGUGGGAGAUACAAGGAGUGGAGGUCAGUGACCAUGUAUCCACUUGGAAAAUGGAAUGUGGAGGGGGUGACCCAACCCCUUGUUUAGACCAAGUUGUGACUCAGUUUUUCCCUGUCACAUUCUCGAUUACCUUCAGUGAUAUCCCUAUCAACAUCGGGCCACCCAAAACAAGGUUUCAAAUUAACUUUACGGAGUAUGACUGUGACAGGAAUGAUGUGUGCUGGCCCCAACUUGCCUUCCCCCUUACCAAGUAUUACACAGGUGAGUCGUAUUCCCUGUCUCUGGCCAAGGGCCUAACCCUUGUGUUUUUCUUCAUCACUGCCUCUCUUCUUGGGACACCAUGGAAACAGAUCCGACAGGCAUGGAGAAGUGCUUCUAUCUAAAUCCAGGAAUCUUCUAAAGAGUGGUUCAGUAAAAAGACAGACUGGCAUACAGUAACAAUGGACUUGGGCUACCACCAUGACAACUACCACCUUGAAUGCCUGUCUCAUGGCUUGAAUCUGCUUUUACAGCUGUAGAAAUAAUCAACAAUGUUAUUGCGGAUGAGUAAUUUUCAGGUAGUAACCUUAAAUAUUGUCAGCAUUUUCUACUGUAAAAAUGUGUUGUAAAAAUGUAUUUUGAUAUUUAUUAUUAAAAUUGUUGUUGCAUUUU